AUGAAACUUGGUGGAUUAGGGGUUUUGAACCCAAAGUUACAGCAAGGUGCUCUUCAGCUUCGUUGGCUUCGACCUCUGUUCCGCUCCCCUUCCUCUCCUUUGGGUCUGAGUAUCUUGACGGCUCAAUUCCCAGACAUGAUGAUUUGGAUUGGCUCUGAAGUUGACCCCUCUCCACUUUUGUCUGCUCUAUCUCCUAACUUUUCUUGGAAUCGUCUGUCCACACGCCGAUAUCGUUCCUCUUGUCAAGUUGCCAUUUUCUCUACCAAGGAUAUGCAACAGGAUAUACGUGCCAUCGAAUGGCGUCAGUUCUGGUCUUUUGUUCUUCCUUAUGCCUCUCGCAACAUCUGGUUUCAGUUGCUUCAUUGCAAGAUUUCUUGUAGAUCAGCCUUACAUCAUUGUGUCCCUACCGUGUUUCCAUCUGCCACUUGCUCUCUCUGUGGUACAACUGAUGAGUCUCAGGACCAUUUUCUCUUUGCCUGCCCACUCAAGCUCCCCCUCUGGAAAACCUUUUGGCACACUCAUUUUGGCUUUUCCUCUCAGACCUCUGACAUUCACAAUGCACUAUACAAGUUUACCUUCCCACCUCCUCUUGACCCCACCCUAGAAUCUGCUUCCAUCUUUGGAUCUGCUCUCUUGGCCGUAUGGCGCCACCAUUGGGUCUUUGUCUUUGACCAAGCACUUUUUAUUGCUACCAAUGCUAUAACCACAGCCAACUCCUUGCUCUCUCGAUUGUACGCUGAAGAAAACCUUGACCAAAGCCCAUAUCCUAUCUAA